CACAUCAGGUUGGAUAUAAAGCAAAGACGAAUGGGUCAAGGGGUUAUGUACUUGGAUUUGCAAUAUACUGCACCUCAACACAGCUUUUCAAAUUUACAGUGUGCUAUUCUGAGAGAGCUUCUAGAAGCCCAGGUGUAAUGAAUCUCCUUGCGAAUGGAAAAAGGCGGAUGGCUGCCUCUGCCCUAUUACUUCUGACCCUUUGGAUGGCAGUUUCAGCAGACGGAUGCCCCUCAGAUUGCACUUGCUUCUCAGUAUUGACAGACUGCCGCAGUGCCAAUCUCCAUGCAGUUCCUCAAAGUAUUUCAGCAGGAACGGAAACAUUAUUUUUGGCAGAUAACCAAAUCACCACAAUUCAAAGAGGAGCCUUUGUAAAUUUGACAGGCCUAACUUUUCUGAGUUUGGCCAACAAUGAAUUUUCAUUUCAGAAUGACACACUGGAAGGCCUGAAUAACCUCCUCUCCUUGGACUUGUCAGAAAACAGCUUGCAGGAGAUGCCACUAGGUUUUUUCCAAACUCCCUUAAGACUGGUUUGGCUAAACAUAGCGAAAAACCGACUUAAAAUUCUUCCCAAAUCCAUCUUUAGACCACUGGAAAAGCUCACCUACUUAGACCUUUCCGAUAACAGUUUAGACCUACACAAUCACACCUUUGAAGGACUUAUCAGCCUAAACACACUGAGUUUAUCAGGUAACAGGCUUAAAAGCAUACCAACAAACAUAUUUGAUGCUGUACCAAAACUUCAGGGACUAGAUUUGUCCAACAACUUCUUAACACACUUGCCUGAAGGUUUCCUAAGCAACCAUCACAACAUGUCUGAUUUAAUCCUGAACAACAAUAAUCUAACACAUUCAGUUUUACCUGCAUUGCAAAGCUUGAGCAAUCUGAACUAUCUGUAUCUGUCUGGGAACAGCAUUUCGACUUUACCUCUGUUCCCCUUUGCUAAGCUCAGACGUCUUGUUAAACUCCUCCUGUCCAAUAAUUCUAUAUCAGCACUUCCAGAUGGCUUCCUGGCAGGUUUAAACCAACUCUCAAUGUUAGAUUUGUCUGGUAAUUCAUUGGCUUCCCUGCCUGAGCAUGUUUUUCAAGGUAGCAGCCAGUUAGAAUACCUGCAUUUGGACAGAAAUAGCUUCUCCAAGCCCCCACUGCUUUCUGGGCUGCAUAAGCUACAGGAGUUGACCAUGUGCUGCUGUCAAAUAACUCUCUGGCCAGAAGAGGUUGCUAUAAGCCACUUGGGGGCUUUAGAAUUAAUAGAUCUCUCCAAAAACCUCAUAGCAGAGCUAGACUCUGUAGUGGUUACGAAUAAUACACAUCUUAAGAAAGUCCUUCUGACUGACAAUCCAAUUUGUUCAAUGAGUUCUUCAAUGCUUCCAUUAUCUCCACCAUUGCAAUGCACAGGCUAUUAACUGUGUGUGUUUAUUACAAAUGUAUAUGUGUGUGUGUGUGUGUGUGUGCGCACGUGUGUGUGAGUGUGUGUGUGUGUGUGUGUGUGUGUGUGCACACGUGUGUGUGAGUGUGUGUGUGUGUGUGCGUGUGUUUGUGUGUGUGUGUGUGUGUGAGUGUGUGUGUGUGUGUGUGCGUGUGUUUGUGUGUGUGUGUGUGUGUGUGUGUGCGUGCGCGUGUGUGUGUACGCGUGUGUGUGUGCGCGUGUGUGUGUGUGAGUGUGCGUGUGUUUGUGUGUGUGUGUGUGUGUGUGUGUGUAUGUGUGCGUGUGUGUGUGCGUGUGUGUGUGUGUAAUUGAUCUAAAUAAAGGUAAAAAGCUGCAAAUGAAACACUGUUUAUGCUUUUUUUU